AUGGUUGACGGAAUGAAUAGUACAAUCAGCCCCGAGGGUCCCAGUCCUGGGAGCGGCAAACAAGAACAUAUCAAACGCCCCAUGAAUGCAUUCAUGGUGUGGUCUCGUGCUCAGCGUCGAAAGAUUGCUCUCGAAAACCCUAAGAUGCAUAACUCCGAGAUCAGCAAAAGAUUAGGAGCUGAGUGGAAACAGUUAUCCGAGGACGCAAAACGACCUUUUAUUGAUGAGGCCAAGCGGCUAAGGGAGCAACAUAUGCGGGAACACCCCGAAUACAAGUACCGACCUAGAAGGAAACCCAAACCACAGAUGAAGAAACCAGAAACUUAUCCCUUUCCUUUGCCCUACAUCCCUGGACACAUGGAUCCUCGAGCUUAUAUGACUUCUGCAGCCAUGCAGCAAGCAGCUGCUGGAUAUUCAGAAAAGCAACAAAUGGCAGCAGCCGCCAUGCAAUCUUCUUUCUCUCCAUACUCCAUGGGUUCUCCGUACUGCACACCUUUGACACCUUCGGAAUCUACAUCCAGUUUUGCUAAACUUAAUGCUACUCCUGCAUCCCCAUCCGUUACCUACAAAAACGAUAUUACUGCUCAUUCUUCUGGCACAACGGCUGGUUCUCUCUACGGUGCAGCAGGAUUCUAUCCGCCAGGAUUAACUUCCAUCAACUCUCCGAUGUCCGGCAUGUCCACCAGCCAAGUUCCGGUCAGUAUGGCACAUCUCAGCCCAGCGUCUUACGCAGCCUCAGCCUACAUGUCAGCGUACGGCUACGGACCUGCUGGGUAUGGACCAUCUAGUGAUCCACAACGUCGAAAUCUUCCCAUGUUGUUUUAG